AUGGCCAAUCAGACAUCACCUGCACUGACCUGCCCCAAAGGCUUGUGGAAGGAGGUGGUGUGCUUCUUGGGUGCCCAGGCAACAAUUGUCUUCAUCAAGGAGCCAUCUUCCCAGGAUGCACUGCAAGGGCGCCGGGCACUGCUCCGUUGUGAAGUUGAGGCCCCGGGCCCAGUACAGGUGUACUGGCUGCUCAAUGGAGUGCCUGUCCAGGACACCGAGCGACGUUUUGCCCAGGGCAGCAGCCUGAGCUUUGCAGCUGUGGAUCGGCUUCAAGAUUCUGGUGCUUUCCAGUGUGUGGCUCGGGAUAAUAUCACUGGAGAGGAAGCCCGAAGUGCCAAUGCCUCCUUCAACAUCAAAUGGAUCGAGGCAGGACCUGUGGCCCUGAAGCAUCCAGCGUCAGAAGCUGAGAUCCAGCCGCAGACCCAGGUCACCCUUCGCUGUCACAUUGAUGGGCACCCUCGGCCUUCCUACCAGUGGUUCCGAGAUGGGGUCCCCCUCUCUGAUGAUCAGAACACCCACACAGUCAGCAGCAAGGAGAGGAACCUGACCCUGCGGCCGGCCAGUCCUGAGCAUAGUGGCCUCUACUCCUGCUGCGCCCACAAUGCCUUUGGCCAGGCCUGUAGCAGCCAGAACUUUACUCUGAGCAUUGCAGACGAAAGCUUUGCCAGGGUGGUGUUGGCGCCUCAGGAUGUUGUUGUAGCGAGGAAUGAGGAGGCCAUGUUCCACUGCCAGUUCUCAGCCCAGCCACCCCCGAGCCUCCAGUGGGUCUUUGAGGAUGAGACGCCCAUCACUAACCGCAGCCGUCCCCCUCACCUCCGCAGAGCUGUGGUGUUUGCCAAUGGCUCUCUGCUGCUGACACAGGUCCGGCCACGAAAUGCAGGAGUCUACCAUUGCAUUGGCCAGGGGCAGAGGGGCCCACCCAUCGUCCUGAAAGCCACGCUGCACCUGGCAGAGAUUGAAGACAUGUUGCCAUUUGAACCACGGGUGUUCACGGCUGGUGGCGAGGAGCGUGUUGCCUGCCCAGCCCCCCAGGGUCUGCCUACACCCAGUGUAUGGUGGGAACAUUCCGGAGUCCGGCUUCCUGCCCAUGGCAGUGUCUACCAGAAGGGUCAUGAGCUCGUGUUUACUGCUAUUGCUGAGAGUGAUGCUGGUGUCUACACCUGCCAUGCAGCCAACCUUGCUGGUCAGCGGCGACAAGAUGUCAACAUCACUGUGGCCACUGUACCCACAUGGCUAAAGAAGCCCCAAGACAGCCAACUGGAGGAGGGUAAACCCGGCUAUUUGCACUGUCUGACACAGGCCACACCUAAGCCCACUGUCAUCUGGUACAGGAACCAAAUGCUUAUCUCAGAGGACUCACGGUUCGAAGUUUCUAAGAAUGGGACCUUACGCAUCAAUAGUGUGGAGGUGUAUGAUGGGACCUUGUACCGCUGUGUGAGCAGCACCCCAGCCGGCAGCAUCGAGGCCCAGGCCCGUGUCCAGGUGCUGGAAAAACUCAAGUUCACACCCCCGCCGCAGCCACAGCAGUGCAUGGAGUUUGAUAAGGAGGCCACGGUGCCCUGCUCAGCCACUGGCCGAGAGAAGCCCACAAUUAAGUGGGUACGGGCAGAUGGGAGCAGCCUCCCUGAAUGGGUGACAGACAACGCUGGGACCCUACACUUUGCCCGAGUGACCCGAGACGAUGCUGGCAACUACACUUGCAUCGCAUCCAAUGAGCCACAGGGCCAGAUCCGUGCCCAUGUCCAACUGACUGUGGCAGUUUUCAUCACCUUCAAGGUGGAACCAGAGCGUACAACCGUGUACCAAGGCCACACAGCGUUGCUGCGGUGUGAGGCCCAGGGUGACCCCAAGCCUCUUAUUCAGUGGAAAGGCAAAGACCGAAUCCUGGACCCCACCAAGCUGGGACCCAGGAUGCACAUCUUCCAGAACGGCUCCCUGGUGAUCCAUGAUGUUGCCCCCGAGGACUCGGGCUCCUACACUUGCAUUGCUGGCAACAGCUGUAACAUCAGACACACCGAGGCCCCGCUCUUUGUCGUGGACAAGCCUGUGAUGGAGGACUCCGAGGGCCCAGGCAGCCCACCCCCAUACAAGAUGAUUCAGACCAUCGGGCUGUCGGUGGGCGCAGCUGUAGCUUAUAUCAUCGCUGUACUCGGCCUCAUGUUCUACUGCAAGAAGCGUUGUAAAGCCAAGAGGUUGCAGAAACAGCCUGAAGGCGAGGAGCCAGAGAUGGAGUGUCUCAAUGGUGGGCCUUUGCAGAACGGACAGCCAGCAGCCGAGGUCCAGGAAGAAGUGGCUUUGACGAACUUGGGUUCUGGCCCAACAGCCACCAACAAGCGCCACAGCAUGGGUGACAAGAUGCAUUUCCCUCGAGCCAGCUUGCAGCCCAUCACCACUCUGGGGAAAAGCGAGUUUGGGGAGGUGUUCCUUGCGAAGGCACAGGGCUUAGAGGAGGGCGUGGCGGAGACACUGGUGCUAGUGAAGAGCCUGCAGAGCAAGGAUGACCAGCAGCAGCUGGACUUCCGGAGAGAGCUGGAGAUGUUCGGGAAGCUGAACCAUGCCAACGUGGUGCGGCUUUUGGGGCUGUGCCGGGAGGCUGAGCCCCACUACAUGGUGCUGGAAUAUGUGGACCUGGGAGAUCUCAAACAGUUCCUAAGGAUUUCCAAGAGUAAGGAUGAAAAAUUGAAGUCACAGCCCCUCAGCACCAAACAGAAGGUGGCCCUGUGUACCCAGGUGGCCCUGGGCAUGGAGCAUUUGUCCAACAACCGUUUUGUGCACAAGGACUUAGCUGCUCGCAACUGCCUGGUCAGUGCCCAGAGGCAGGUGAAGGUGUCAUCCCUGGGCCUCAGCAAGGAUGUUUACAACAG